CCACACUGCGUGUACACAGGAUUAUAGUUUGAACUAUAGAUACGGUUACGUACACAGCAUUUCUACUCGGGUUUUUACUUAAACUUUUCAGAAACUCGAGAUGAAGGUCGUGUUUGCCGCCUGUCUUUUGCUGCCAUGUGUCCUAGGGCAAGUGACGCAGCUGAGCAGUAACUUUCUAGGGCCUCUGACGUCUUCUGGGGGCCAGUACAUUGUGACUCAAAUCCAAGCAGCCAACAACGACUACAAGGCCAAGGAGAGUAGCUUCCAGUCCGCUACGACAACCUGCCAAAACCUAAUUAAAACUAACCAGGAGAAAAUCUGCGUUCCAUGCAUCGUUGACAAAUGCAAAGCCAAAGCCAAGUCUUGUAACAGAGAGCUGACCUUUAGUGGUGCCAUCAAAACAAUUGGAGACCUUGGAGGAUCUGUGGCCAGUAAAGCUAAAGACGUCGUUGACAAAGUCAUUGGAGGCAUUAAAGACGUAUUUUCAGGAUGGGGGAAACGCAGAUCCCUUGCCAAGCGCGCAGAGCCCUCUUGUGGUGAAAUCGAGAGAAAUGCUGGGGAAGCCUGCAAGAAGUAUCAGGAUCAAUGCUCCUGGUGUAACGUGAAUGCAAAUAACGCUUGCCCAGGGUACUCAUCGGCUCGCGUUGCCUAUGAAAGUGCCAGAAACACCUACAGCUGGUUGGCUAAGGUGCCUACACAAAACGCCAACUACAGAGUCAAGGCAGCCUCCUACGACCAAGCCAACUUCGUUCCAACUUCCGGAAAGUGGUCCAACGUUGACGUCACAGUCGAGAUUCUCGGGAAAACUACGAACUUUCGCGUGAACCAAGCUAUCAACCCGUACGAUAGUGCUGACGGAGCAGUCGUCGCAACACAGGCUUUUGAAUGGUGGAAAAGAAACUAAAUGUGAAUUCUCCAUAAGAAUAUAAAUUACCACAUAUGAUCACAUAAACGAAACGUUUACCAGCAAAUAAGUGUACAAGCAGGUAAAUGUCAAUUUUUUAGACUACAUGUGUAUCCAAAUAGUAUCCAAGCUCAAUGGUGAAAUUCUGUUUUGACUAACGGUAAAUAUCUAUACAAACUAUGCAAGGAAAACGUCAAUACAAUAAACAGCAUUUCGCAACCGGCAA